AUGGCAGUCAUUGACGACUACUCACGCCCGACAACACCUGACCAUGGCACCACCAACGGUUACACAACUCCUCGGACGCCCAAGCCAACUGGCCUCUCCCUCACCGAAUACUCUGCAAAUCCCAGCCCGCCCUCGAAUUCUCCACGUCCGCGCAGCAACGAUGUCAUCCCUCCAGCCUUCCUGCUGCCCACCGGCUACCCCGACUAUCUUCGCCUGAUUCUCACCUCCAGAGUCUACGAAGUGGUCAAUGAGACGCCCCUGACGCAUGCGACCAACCUAAGUAACCGUCUGGAAUGUAAUGUGCUGCUCAAGCGCGAGGACCUGCAGCCCGUCUUCAGCUUCAAGCUGCGUGGCGCAUACAACAAGAUGGCGCAUCUCGACGCAAAGGACCGAUGGCGCGGCGUUGUGGCCUGCAGUGCGGGCAACCACGCACAGGGUGUAGCCUACUCGGCUCGCAAACUCAAGAUUCCAGCCACCAUUGUGAUGCCCUCGGGUACGCCAGACAUAAAACACCGCAAUGUAUCGAGGUUAGGUGGUUCUGUAGUCCUGCAUGGCGCCGACUUUGAUUCUGCAAAGGCCGAGGCUGCGCGGUUGGAGAAGAUGCAUGGCCUGGUCAACAUCCCUCCUUUUGACGACCCCUAUGUCAUUGCAGGCCAGGGCACCGUUGGCAUGGAGUUACUGCGCCAGACGAACCUGCAAGACCUCAAGGCAGUCUUCUGCUGUGUCGGAGGUGGAGGCUUGAUUGCAGGCACGGGAGUGUACAUUAAGCGCAUAGCCCCACACGUCAAGAUUAUCGGUGUGGAACAGUACGACGCGAACGCCAUGGUCGAGUCUCUCAAGGCCGGCAAGCGCGUCUUUCUCAAGGAUGUCGGGCUCUUUGCAGAUGGCGCAGCAGUCAAGACAGUCGGUGAAGAAACCUUCCGCAUAUGUCAAGAAGUGGUUGACGAAGUCGUGCAAGUUACUACUGACGAGACGUGUGCCGCCAUCAAAGACAUGUUUGAGGACACACGCUCGAUUGUUGAGCCUGCUGGCGCUCUCGCACUCGCCGGGCUGAAGAAAUGGGUAUCUCGCAACCCAUCCCCUGACCGUGACCGUGGGUUGGUGGCCAUUGCCAGCGGCGCAAACAUGAACUUUGACCGUCUUCGCUUCGUUGCCGAACGCGCUGCCAUUGGUGAGAACAAAGAAGCCAUUCUGUCCGUAAUCAUUCCCGAGCAACCAGGCGCAUUCUCCAAACUCGUUUCCGUCAUCCAUCCCAUGGCCGUCACGGAAUUCAGUUACCGUUACUCUGGCCCCAAUCAAGCCACCAUCCUUGUUGGCGUCGAGUUGAAGGCAGCAACGCGUUCACGCGAUUUGCCUGAUCUCAUCGCCCGGCUUGCUGCCGAGAACAUGGAAGCCCAGGAUCUCUCGCAAGAUGAGCUGGUCAAAUCACAUAUUCGCUACCUCGUUGGAGGUCGCAGUUCGGCAGCCGACGAACAUCUGUACAUGUUCGAGUUCCCUGAGCGGGGAGGCGCGCUAUUCAAGUUCUUGCACACGCUACAGCCUGGUAUGAAUAUUAGUCUAUUCCACUACAGGAAUUAUGGGGGUGAUGUAGCCAAGAUUCUGGCGGGUAUUCAAUGCAAGGAGCAAGAAAGCGGAGAACUAGAGGCUUUCCUGAGGGAAAUUGGGUAUCCUUACAAGGAGGUUACGGAUAAUAAGAGUUAUCAAAUGUUUUUGCGAAGCUAG